CAGCUCACAAAUCAUCUGAUCGCUCCGGCUACACGAUACGAUUCGCUUGGAAGUGGGAAGAUAGCCGCUGCAAAUAGACGAGACGGAAUCGCUGGAGAUUCGGGAUCCGGAAGAUCCGGAAUUUUGAGGGAUUGCGAGGAUCUGAAGGGAGCGAUUGAUUGA